UCGUCUGAUACCUGAUCGUAGCAGCCUCUCAGUGUCUUGACAAACUUGCAUCCAUCGAAUCCUACUCAGAUCUGAGGCGUUGGUGUAGCUGCGCCGGUUGCUUGGGUGUAAGAAAUAGCUUACCGCUCCUUGGAGACUUCUCGGGGUGUAUGAGUCGAGCGCAAACUGCCGGAGUAAAGCGCACCAGACUGCCUGAUUGGCCACGCUACUGUAGGCAAGCAGUCCUGUACAUCUGUAACAGCGCAUCACUCACUUGCGAGUUCUACACGGAACCUCAACCAGGUCAGUUUAAAUUUGGAUUAGGUGUAAGGUAUUGCAUUUGGGAGUACAAUUGCCUGAAUGUCGGUCGUUUAGUUAGUUUGAUUUUCAAACCUAUCCUUUUCGAAAGAGGCGGGUGCCUUUCCAAUAAUGCUGAAGAUAGGAUACUGUGUCUUAACGACUGAAGAGAAGGCAUAGCCUACAAGGCUACUCUCCGGCUCUCUUCAGUUUUACGAUAUUCUGAUCCCACUUAAAGACUCUGUCCUUGGAUAGACACUGUGGGAGGCUGCGCUGUGGAUGAUGGUGUACUGCUGUAGCUACGUGACCCCAGAGUGUGGGAUAUGCUGUUGGUAUUCACUCCCCUGCUUGAUUGAGAACAAUCCUGUGUGCAGAGAUACCACUAGCAGUAGCUGAGCCGAGCAGCUCGUGGUUGCAGAGAAGAAUGAGGGAGAGUGUGCGCGUGGUUAGGCGGAUGGCCGCCAAGCUUCCCUGCUUCUUCUGGUUUGUGCUGCUGUUUGGGGCGGGGGGUCUGGUGCUCUUCAUCCACCUGGAGGACCUGUCUGAGAUGGUGCAGCGACAGGAGCCUGAUCCAACAGGUGUGAAUCUCAGAAGUCCUCCCCGUCAGUCCAAAGAGGAGACAUGGCGCAGGAUAGCUGUGGUCCAGAACGCACGUCGGGGGCUGGUCAAGCAGAUUUGCGCCAAGUUCAAGAGCAGCAUGGACCGAACCGUCUUGCCGCAGCACGUGUCCCGCAUCUAUGUAGAGGACAACUACAAGAUUCUGUUCUGCGAGGUUCCCAAGGCCGGCUGUAGCAACUGGAAGAGGAUCCUGUUAGUGCUAGCGGGGCUGGCCUCCUCCACGAAGAUCGAGAUCGAGAAAGUCCACGGCAGUGUUCUAAGGACACUCAACACCUUCCAACAAAAGGACAUCACCAUGCGCCUCCAGACCUACACCAAGAUGCUGGUUGUCCGGGAGCCCCUCCAGAGGCUGGUGUCAGCCUACAGGGACAAGUUUGAGAACCCCAACACAUACUACCACCCCAGCUUUGGAAUCCCGAUCAUUUCCAAAUACAGGGCAAAUGCCUCCAAGGAGGCCCUGAGGACAGGGGAUGGGGUCACCUUCCAGGAGUUUAUUCAGUACCUGCUAGAUGUGUAUCGGCCCGUGGGUAUGGACAUCCACUGGGAGACCGUCAAUAAGCUCUGUCACCCCUGCCUGCUCGAUUAUGACUUCAUCGGCAAGUUUGAACACAUUGAAGAGGAAGCUGACUUCCUGCUCAGGAUGAUGGGUGCCCCGGACAACCUCACCCUCCCCACUUCUAAAGACUUGAAGCCUAAUGAUGAGAGAACUUCCAUGCACUUAACACAUCAGUACUUUGCUCAGAUUAAUGCUUCAGACAUUCAGAAGGUGUACGACUUCUAUUAUAUGGAUUACUUGAUGUUUAAUAUCUCCAAACCGUAUAAAGAUUUAUAUUGAUUGUCUUCGAGAUCCCAAUAUCUUGGUCCAAAAUCUCUCCCACAUGAUCAUAAAGGAGCUGUGUACAGUAAAAGACGAAUCCUUUUUAAAAUAUUAUUUUAUGUCAUGUAAUGUCAUACAAGACACUUUAAAAACAGAAAACAGCAAUGUCUUGGUCAGACAUUUUUACAGAUAACCAUUCCUCUUUGCACUUAACACCAACAUUUAUUGCCAAAAAUGAACUUUGCAAGCAAUCUCACAUAGCAUAGUUAGGAAAACUUUGAUGUUUUAAAAUGUGGUGCCCACGAUCUGCUUCUGUUUUGCUUUCAGAGUAGCUUUUUUUAUUUACCUCUUUAACAUUCAUGUUUGGUUACAGAGUCAGUCUUAGCUACUGUUCUACAAAGUGUUGUGCCAAGCUAUGAGAAUGGCCCAUUUACCGGCCCCUGGCUGGCCCAUUGAUGACCACCAUGCUCCCAAUAUUUCUAACACACAUACUGCACUCACACUUCCCUGUAGAACACAUUCUUAACAUGUAUCACUCAUGGGAGAUUUAUUCUGACACUGAUAUUUAAAAACUGUACAAAGGGCAUUAAGAUGACUAUAUUUAUUUUUGUAUGUAUUUUUCAGUAGCUAUAUUUCAGUGAUUCUUUGUGGACUUUUUUUCUUUUCUAAUGUUAUUGAUUGUUGUUAUAGUGAUGCGGUGGUUAGUGUAGAAUAACUGCUAAUGCUAUUGACACUCCUUGUAGUUCCACAUUACUGUAAGACCUGUAGAAAUUAGCUGUACACUGGUUAGUGUGGAAUCGACACAGAAAAAACAAUUGCCCAUUAUCCCCCCUGUGGUAAGACUGCUGUGCUGGAGGCAGCAGUGUGCUGACACUAGUUCUGACACAAGCUCUUCUCCUGAUGCUGUCACUAACAGAGAGCAGCCUCUCCUCUUUAUCUGUGUGUGUGUGCAUGUGUGUCUGAGAUGGAGAGCGUGUGAAAGAUAAAAAGAGAAUACAGAGAGGACCAGGACGUGUGCUAUGAUUUUCUUUCAUUGUUGUAUGCACAGCUUUGUGAAGCAGCUCUGUGAUACAGAAAACACACACAUACACAGAUAUAGCAGAAGAAGAGCAGUGCACAUAGUCUGUGUGGACUGCUGAGAUAUAUCAUCUCCACAGGGUCACACCAUCCAGAGUCAAGCCCGUUUUACACACAACUACUUUAACUUUAGGAUAGUAGAGAGCCUCUCAUAUUUAGUAGGA